ACGAACACUGCAGGUCAGCAGAUAACGGCUCUGUGCUGCAGGGAGGGCUGUUAACGGCAGCCAAACCUGACGAAGCGGGCACAGGAGGAAAGGGGCAGCGGAGGGGGAAUAUAUAGAGGAACACAGGGGUCUGUACAAGGACGUGAUGAUGGAGAAUCACCAGCCCCUCACAUCACUGGAUGGACCCAGUAACAGAGAUACCCCAGAGAGAUGUCCCCGUCCUCUGUAUUCCCAGGAUUGUACAGAGGAGAAUCACAGGAUCCCACAGGAGGAUCAGGAUGAAGAUCUGACUAAUAUUAAGGUAGAAGAUAUAGAGGGAGAAGAAGAGACGUAUGUGACUGAUAUGAAGGCAGAAGAUAUAGAGGGAGAAGAAGAGACGUAUGUGACUGAUAUGAAGGCAGAAGAUAUAGAGGGAGAAGAGACGUAUGUGACUGAUAUGAAGGCAGAAGAUACAGAGGGAGAAGAAGAGACAUAUGUGACUGAUAUGAAGGCAGAAGAUAUAGAAGGAGAAGAAGAGACGUAUGUGACUGAUAUGAAGGCAGAAGAUAUAGAGGGAGAAGAGACGUAUGUGACUGAUAUGAAGGCAGAAGAUAUAGAGGGAGAAGAAGAGACGUAUGUGACUGAUAUGAAGGCAGAAGAUAUAGAGAAAGAAGAAGAGACAUAUGUGACUGAUAUGAAGGCAGAAGAUAUAGAAGGAGAAGAAGAGACGUAUGUGACUGAUAUGAAGGCAGAAGAUAUAGAGGGAGAAGAAGAGACAUAUGUGACUGAUAUGAAGGCAGAAGAUAUAGAAGGAGAAGAAGAGAUGUAUGUGACUGAUAUGAAGGCAGAAGAUAUAGAGAAAGAAGAAGAGACAUAUGUGACUGAUAUGAAGGCAGAAGAUAUAGAAGGAGAAGAAGAGACGUAUGUGACUGAUAUGAAGGCAGAAGAUAUAGAGGGAGAAGAAGAGACAUAUGUGACUGAUAUGAAGGCAGAAGAUAUAGAAGGAGAAGAAGAGAUGUAUGUGACUGAUAUGAAGGCAGAAGAUAUAGAGGGAGAAGAAGAGACGUAUGUGACUGAUAUGAAGGCAGAAGAUAUAGAAGGAGAAGAAGAGACGUAUGUGACUGAUAUGAAGGCAGAAGAUAUAGAGGGAGAAGAAGAGACAUAUGUGACUGAUAUGAAGGCAGAAGAUAUAGAAGGAGAAGAAGAGAUGUAUGUGACUGAUAUGAAGGCAGAAGAUAUAGAGGGAGAAGAAGAGACGUAUGUGACUGAUAUGAAGGCAGAAGAUACAGAGGGAGAAGAGACGUAUGUGACUGAUAUGAAGGCAGAAGAUAUAGAGAAAGAAGAAGAGACGUAUGUGACUGAUAUGAAGGCAGAGGAUAUAGAGGGAGAAGAAGAGACGUAUGUGACUGGUAUGAAGGCAGAAGAUAUAGAGGGAGAAGAAGAGCCGUAUGUGAGAGGUGAUCAGCAGUGUAAGGAGGAGGAAAUCCCUACAGAUACCAGCACAGAUGGCUGUAACAGAAGAAAUAUAUGGCAGGAACAUCUCCCUUUAUCUCCAGACUGUGAAAUAGAAGAUCACAUCACAAGAGAUUCUCCAGUAGAAAUCCCUAUAACCUCAGUUAUGCAUUCAGUAAUACGUAGUACAGAUAUGACAUUUGAUCCCAUUUAUUAUAAGGAAUGUUCUGAUAGAGCAAAUACCAAAUGCUUUACACAGGACACAAAGCUUAUUACCCAUCAGCUAGAUAAGAUAUUUCCAUGUUCUGAGUGUGUGAAAUGUUUUACACGGAAAUCACAUCUUAUUACCCAUGAGAGAAGUCACACAGGUGAGAAGCCAUUUCCAUGUUCUGAGUGUGGGAAAUGUUUUACACAGAAAUCACAUCUUGUUAUACAUGAGAGAAGACACACAGGUGAGAGGCCAUUUACAUGUUCUGAGUGUGGGAAAUGUUUUAUAGAGAAAUCACAUCUUGUUACACAUGAGAGAAUUCAUACAGGUGUGAAACUAUACUCAUGUUCUGAGUGUGGGAAAUGUUUUACAUAUAAAUCAUAUCUUGUUAUACAUCAGAGAAGUCACACAGGUGAGAAGCCGUAUUCAUGUUCUGAGUGUGGGAAUAGUUAUACACAUAAAUCAGACCUAAUAAUACAUGAGAGAAGUCACACAGGUGAGAAGCCUUUUCCAUGUCCUGAGUGCGGGAAAUGUUUUACGCAGAAAUCACACCUUGUUAGACAUGAGAGAAUUCACACAGGUGACAAACUAUAUUCAUGUUCUGAGUGUGGGAAAUGUUUUACACAGAGAUCAGGUCUUGUUAUACAUGAGAGAAGUCACACAGGUGAGAAAUUAUUUCCAUGUUCUGAGUGUAGGAAAUGUUUUACACGGAAAUCAGACCUAAUUAUACAUGAGAGAAGUCACACAGGUGAGAAGCCAUUUACAUGUACAGAGUGUGGGAAAUGUUUUUCACAGAAAUCACGUCUUGUUAUACAUGAGAGAAGACACACAGGUGAGAGGCCAUUUACAUGUUCUGAGUGUGGGAAAUGUUUUAUAGAGAAAUCACAUCUUACUACACAUGAGAGAAGUCACACAGGUGACAACCCAUAUUCAUGUUCUGAGUGUGGGAAAUGUUUUGCACAGAAAUCAAGCCUUGUUAUACAUGAGAGAUUACACACAGGUGAGAAACCAUUUCAAUGUUCUGAAUGUGGGAAAUGUUAUGCACAGAAAUCAGCUCUUAUUACACAUGAGAGAAUACACACAGGUGAGAGACCAUUUCCAUGUUCUGAGUGUAGGAAAUGUUUUACAAAGAAAUCAGACCUAACUAUACAUGAGAGAAGUCACACAGGUAAGAAGCCAUUUCCAUGUCCUGAGUGCGGGAAAUGUUUUACGCAGAAAUCACACCUUGUUAGACAUGAGAGAAUUCACACAGGUGACAAACUAUAUUCAUGUUCUGAGUGUGGGAAAUGUUUUACACAGAGAUCAGAUCUUGUUAUACAUGAGAAAAGUCACACAGGUGAGAAAUUAUUUCCAUGUUCUGAGUGUAGGAAAUGUUUUACACAGAAAUCAUACCUAAUUAUACAUGAGAGAAGUCACACAGGUGAGAAGCCAUUUACAUGUACUGAGUGUGGGAAAUGUUUUUCACAGAAAUCACGUCUUGUUAUACAUGAGAGAUGUCACACAGGUGAGAAACCAUGCUCCUGUUCUGAGUGUGGGAAAUGUUUUACAUAUAAAUCAAAUCUUGUUAUACAUCAAAGAAGUCACACAGGUGAGAAGCCAUAUUCAUGUUCUGAGUGUGGAAAUUGUUUUACACGGAAAUCAAAUCUUUUUCUACAUAAGAGAAGUCACACAGGUGAGAAGCCAUAUUCAUGUACUGAGUGCGGGAAAUGUUAUGCAAAGAAAUCCAUUCUUGUUCAACAUGAGAGAGUUCACACAGGUGUGAAAUUAUUUUCAAGUUUUGAGGUUGAGAAACGUUUUACACAUAAAUCACAUCUUGUUAUACAUCAGAGAAGUCACACAGGUGUGAAGCCUUUUCCAUGUUCUGAGUGCGGGAAAUGUUUUUCACAGAAAUCAGUUUUGGUUAGACAUAAGAAAAGUCACACAGGUGAGAAGCCAUUUCCAUGUCCUGAGUGUGGGAAAUAUUUUUCACAGAAAUCAGUUUUGGUUAGACACAAGAAAAGUCACACAGGUGAGAAGCCAUUUCCAUGUUUUGAGUGUGGGAAAUGUUUUUCACAGAAAUCAGUUUUGGUUAGACAUCAGAGAAGUCACACAGGUGAAAAGCCAUUUCCAUGUUCUGAGUGUGGGAAAUGUUUUUCACAGAAAUCAGAUCUGGUUAAACAUGAGAGAAGUCACACAGGUGAGAAGCCAUAUUCAUGCUUUGAUUUAGGGUAGUGGUAGAAAUCAGAUGUUACUAAACAUUAAAUUAUUCACACACACAUUUAAACAGGUGAAACUUUGCAUGUUUGCAGGGAAAAUAUUUUAUCUAAAAUUUAUUAAGAACAUAUUAAGCAUAGUGCUUCACCAAAGGCUUUUCAUUAACGUCAUUGACGGGUGGAGCUGUCAUUGAUUGUGCUACGGUUCAACUUGUAUCCUUGUUUUGCAAUUUGUUAGAGUAGGCAUUGGUAUGUUAUUACCCAAAUAGUAUGAGUGUAGUAUGACAUGAACCGUGCCCAAGGAGAUUAAUGAAGCCUAAACUCCUCUCCCAUCCAUAUGGUCUGAUAUCUGACAGACAUGUUCCUUGUGAUGUCCUCCCCACCUGCAUUUUCCUGUGAUUUACCAUUUAUUUCUCACCACGUUACCUCUAACUAUUUUACCACUGCUGAUUUUCAGCAGCCUCUCUCGCUAACCUGUCUUCACUUUUUUCACAAUAUAUUUUUUUCACUAUAGUGUUGCCCUGGGGUCCCACGGCUGCUUAGGUUUGGCGUGUCCUGCACCCUGGACUUGUACUCCCCAAUAUGUUAGGGACUUGCCCGAUUAAUGAGGUCACCUGGACGCUGGUGAGGAAGCCGUUAUUUAUGGCCAAAAUUAUGCAAAGAACCUCCUUCAAAAUGCAAAAUUUUAUUCCAGUGAUUAUUAUUAAGCAAUUGGUAGUGUUUCAAUUGUACAUCUGGAGCCUUGUAUUUGUGUGUGGAAUGAGCAGUUGGUUUGCCCAUAUUAAAACACUCGUACAAAAGGCAGAUUGUCCAGUGCAUCCUCCUAUCAUGUCAUUGGUGGGAGUGGCCACCCACGUGUAAGACAGGCAAAUGCCAGUUAGGCUUUGAUAGCCAUAGAAACAUACACAAAUCAUGUUGUAUCACUAUCAUGGUCAAAAACCAUUUAUAAAAUGGUGGGUGUGGCCUUACUUGUAUUCUCCUGCUAAUACAGAUCAAAGCGCCGUGACUCAGAUGUCCCGUCUCGUACGGCGCUGAUAUUGGGAACCGGUCUGAAGAUCGACACUGUCUAGAUCGACAAUGUUUAGGUCGACCACUAUAGGUCGACAGGGUUUCUAGGUCGACAUGUGCUAGGUCAAAAGGUCGACAUGAGUUUUUGUUUUUAUGUCUUUUUGAACUUUUUCAUACUUACCGAUCCACGUGGACUACGAUUGGAACGGUAAUCUGUGCUGAGCGAAUGCUUUGCUCGCCAUGCGAGGGGACACGGUGCACUAAUUUGGCUUCCCGGUCACUGUACGCAGAAAACAACACAAAAAAAACUCAUGUCGACCUUUUCACCUGUCGACCUUGCACAUGUCGACCUAGAAACCCUAUCGACUUAGUGACUGUCGACCUAUAGUGGUAGACCUAAACAUUGUCGAUUUGAUCCACAUCCCUGAUAUUAACGUGUAGUCAUCCAAUCAUAAUUAAUGAGCAUCCUCAUGUGUCACUAUUAUAAAGUAAUUUGCCGUAGUUCAGAGAUGAAAUGUCCUGCUCUAAAUGAUAUGGUGUGUAUAUUUUAUUUAUUUCAACAGGUUCCUAUAAAAUAUAUAUAUAUAUAUAUAUAUAUAUAUAUACAGGGAGAGAAACACAAUCCAAUUACAGAACAUACUCCUAUCAGAAUAAACCUAAAUAUCAGUAGGGGAAAGGAUAGAAUACUGAGAAGAACCAUGUAGGUGAGCAAAUUGCUACUUAUUGCUGCUAGAAAAUAAGGAACUCUGGCUAGUAGUGUAAUAACGGAAUGGAGAAGUAAUAGUAGAGAUGUGUGCCAACCCCAUAUUUUGGUUUUAGAUCUGUAUCUCCCUCGUGUUUUGGAUCUGUAUUUGGUUUUGCCAAAUCUGCUGUUGUGUGUUUUGGUUGU